CUAAAGACUGGCGGCGGCGGCGGCCCUACUGUUGGUUCCCGUGGUAACGAUGGUGGCCAUUGCUAUCUGGAUGAUAACUCGAACCAGAUCGUGAUAGUUGAGGCAGACAAUGGCACUGGGAGCACCAACCUGACCACACACAAGCCUCUCCAGCAACAACAGCUUCACGGUCACCACAACCAUCAUUACCAUUUGCAGCAACUCCAGCAACAGCAACACAUUUCGUCGCAACUGUUGCAUCCUUUCUAUAACCAGCAGCAGCACCACCAUCAUCAUCAUCAACUCCAACGCCAGCAGCAGCAGCAACAGCAACAGCAUCUGCCCAGCAGCAACAGCAACAACAGUAACCAUGGCUACUCCAGCCAACCCACGUCGCCAUAUCACAAUCAUAAUAGUAACAGCAGUGAAGCGAAGCACCUGUCCGCGGGACACUCCCCGUCACCCUCGCUGAAUGGCGGCGGUAUCACAGUGGAUGCUCAAUCACAACAGUCCAUCGCCGCCACCUCUAUGCCACCACACUACUAAGCGGUGCUGGUCGUAGCAGCGCGCUGGCUAAUCCUUGAUGAAGGAUUUCGGGAUCGGAUCCCG